AUGAAUGUUUCAUUUACUGAACGUUUAAUGGAAUUAAAUUAUGCUCGUGAAAGGUCACUUAUCUCGGAGGAAGAGUAUUGCAUGUUGAGAUUGAAGAUAUUUGAUGCUUUUACAUCAACUACUUCAAGUACAUCGACUACCCAAAGUGUAUCGUUUGCUCCUCCUAAACCUCAAUAUUCCCAACCUCAACAGCAAGCUACUUCGCCUCCUCCUGAUAAAUCGCAGCAACAAUUAACACCACAACCUUCACCAGUUUUCCAACAGCAACAUGUAACAUUUGAUCCUGUUUUCAAUCAACAAUCCUAUAGUUCUUCUACUGCAAAGCCACUUUCGAAUAAAGCGAAAAUACCAGCUACACAAUCAAUUCUUUCUUCAAAUGGUUCAAUUCAACAAUCUCCACAAUUAAUUUCACGUCUUACUAAUAACAAUGUUAAUAAUAACAUCGAGAAUGACUCUUCAACUCCAACAAACGUAACAAGAACUAAUUUAGUUUCACCUGUUAAUCAGAUAAGCAUCCCUAAAAGAACACAAUCAAGUUUGGUUCCCUCAAUUCUUCAAGAAACCAAUACCGACAUUAAUGAUGAAUUUUCAAUUCCUAUAUUAAAGACAACAAUACGUGAUUCAUCGUCAUCGUCAUCUAAAAAGAAUCUUUCCACAAAUCGUUCUAUUUCACUGGCUUAUGUUAAUGCCGAAUCUACCUCUUUAUUUGAUCAUAAUAAUAGUACUUAUAGUAAUAAUUCAACUAUUAACGUUAUGAAUCAUAACGGAUCAAAUAAUAGUGAUUCGAUUAAUAAUGUAAAAAAUGAUGAAAAUUACCUUAGUAACGGAAAACAUAACGAUGAAAAUGAUGUAAUACAUGUAAAUACUAGUAGUGAUGUUAAUGGGGUGAAUUAUACUAGCAUUUUGAACAAUAGAAUAACGAAUCAAACCGAUGAAAGAUCUGAAAUAAUUCAAACAAAUGUUGUUAGUAAGGUGAAUUAUAUGAAUGGAAACAGUGAUAGAGAUGAUAAUCAAUUAGUUUCAACAAUUCAACCUAUUUCCCAAUCUCAAUCUUCUCAAUCACCUCAACCAUCAUCUCAAUCACCUUCUCAAUCACCUUCUCAACCAUUAUCUCAAUCACCUUCUCAACCACAUCAAAGACAACAAAAUAUAAAUGCUGCUACUUUAUCAGCAAGGCACGGAGAAGUUAUGAAUUCAUUAAAUAAUGGUAGCGAUGGUCUUGUUGAAACAGAUAUGUAUGAACAAUCUAUGCCAGAAGUUCCACCUCCACCUUAUUCACCGCCAGAAUCAUCUCUCCGAUUCCAUCGUCGUCGUACAUCAACUUCAUUCUUUCUAAAACCAAAAACCUCAACUGAACUUCGUAAAGAACUUUUAAAAUUAACCGAAGAAUCAAAGAAAGAACAAGAUAAUUGGAGAAUCGAGGAAGCUAGAUUAAGAAUGAGAAUAAAUUCUAAACCUGAAGAGAUUGAACGGGUUAAGAGGAAGAUGAGAGAAUCUAGUGAGAAAUAUCGUAAAAAAAUUGAUGCUGUUACUGCAAAGUUAAGACAGAUUAAUUCAAAUAACGCAAAUGGGAAUUAA